CCCACCCUGUUUCCCAGGGAUCCUUUUGUGCUUUCCAAACUGCGGCCAUGGCCGAUCUGGGAGGCCUUCGGGGCGCGCUCUCUUGCCCCGUGUGCCUGGACCUUUUCCGGGACCCGGUGAUGGUGUCCGGCUGCGGCCACAACCUGUGCCGGGCCUGCGUGAGCCGCUGCUGGGGGCAGCUGGAGAGUAGCCUGCGCUGCCCGCUCUGCCGGCAGCUGCUCCCGCUGCAUCGCCUGCUGCAGCCCAGCCCGCUUUUGGGCAGCCUGGCGGAGCGCCUCCGGAGACCCCGCCGCGGCCCCCCGCUGCCGCCUCUGGAGGGAGAGAGACCCCCCGCUUCCGUGGACGGAGGAUCGUCGUCCAGCAUUGCGCCUGGUUCGGCCUCGAUCGUGGGAACGGCGGCGGGGGUGUUUGGGGGAAUGUCUGGGAAGCUGGUGGUGGACCAGUCUGGUCUGAAGCUGGAGAGAGAAGCCAGCAUCAUUGAAGAGAAGCAGAGAGAGGAGCUGUUGAAGCAGGCAGAAGUGGAAGGACUGCAGCUUGCCCAGCAAUGGAAGGAGUUGCGUGGGUUUUUGGAGGAGCAGGAGAGGCAUUUGAGGAACCAUUGGGAAGAACUCAAGAGAGACAUCGCCCAGGGAGCCCCCCAAACGCUCAGUGAGGAUCCUCUGCAGCAGGAACCGUACAGGGAGCGCGGACAAGUGUCGCCCGGUGUUGGAAGAACAAGGAGCAGCAUGGAAGAUGGCAUGUUGAAGGCAGACCUCGCUGUAGCAGAGCUAAAGCAGAGACUCAGCAACUUCUCCAGGAAACGGGCCAUUCUGCAGGAGGCGCUGCUGCAAUUCAAAGAGACUCUCUGCGUGGAAGCAGAUGGAGACAUAGCAGGCUACAGAACAACACCCUCACUUCAGUCCGUGCCGAUCCACUCUCCCCAGGAAAACAGAAGCAAAAUAUCUGCAGCGGACGUGAUCCAGGAAUUGACAGCCUGCAAGAGAACUGCAGUACAUUCAGAGGAGUUGCCGGUGGACUCGCCCCUCACAACUGCUGCCAUCGCCAGGACCAUCAAGGAAGAGGAAGAGGAAACUGGCAUCCCUUCAGCAGGCGUUACGCUGUUGGGCGGAAUCAAAGAAGAGAACCUGCAGCAGAACGGCCACGAGCCGGUGGAACUCCCCGCCACAAGACCGCUGCGCUCAGAAUGCAGCGCUCCCCAGACUCGUGAGUGGGUGGGUACAGGCCAAGCCGCCUUUGCGACAGGAAGGCGGCAAGGAACUAAUCCGGCGACGGGCGCGGGUCAGCCUGCGUGGUCCAAGGGAGGCCGCGCAAAGGCAGCCGCCCAGAAGAGGAAAGAGAAGUGCUUCCCGUGCCCCGAAUGCGGAAAGACCUUCCGGCAGUUUGGGGUCCUUAUCACCCACCACCGGCUGCACACGGGCGAGAAGCCCUACAGCUGCACUUACUGCGCCAAGCGCUUCAGCGAUUACUCCAACCUGAUCGCGCACCAGAGGACCCACACUGGGGAGAAGCCCUACCGGUGCACCGACUGCGGGAAAAGCUUCACCCGCAGCACCACCCUCACCAUUCACCAGAGGGGCCACACGCGGGAGAAGCCCUAUCCCUGCCCCCAGUGCGAAAAGCGCUUCAGCCGGUCCUCAAACCUCACCAUCCACCAGAGGACUCAUGCAGGGGCGAUGGGGAAGAAAUCACGGACUUGAUUUAAGGGGCGGGGCGGGGCGAAUGCUGACCUUUGGCUUGAUCCAGUAGAGCUUGGGGGAUUUUGGAAAAAUCAAUAAAAUGGGUCAAAUGUUGAAAA